UGUCCUCUUCUUCUUCGUGCCGCGCCGCUCGCUCGCUCUCUCCGCGCGCGCGGUUUCCUGCCCUCUUCCAGCCGCUCUCUCUCUCUCUAUGCGCGCGCGGUUCCCUGCCCUCUUCUCAGCAGAAUGGCUCUCGUCCCUGUUGGCGACUCUGGCGGUGCCGUGCCUAUCCUCAAUGGAGGUACGGUGUCGACUGUCCUCUUCGGCUCUGUCCCAUAUCGUACCGAGGCGGAUGGGUCCAUCUGGAUCCUCAUUCCCACUACCUAUAAUAGUAAUCGUCGUCUCCUUCUCGCUUUCUCUAUUAAUAUAACGUCGCCUAAUUUCGAUAUCCGCGGUUAAUACCGAGCGGGAGUCGUACUUCCGGGCCCUGCUUAUCCAGUCGCACGGAUAGCGCGCUCGCCGUUACCCGCAGAAG